UCCCCCAAAUCGAAUUCCCUUCCCCAAACCCAAACAUCCAAACUCUCUGCUUCUCUUCGCCACUCUAUCUCUUCUUCUUCUUCUUCUUCUUCAACCAUGGAGCCAAUGAACACCAACCUCUGCUCCACAUCCUCCAACACAUCAGAUUCCUGCUCAUCCGACUCCUCCUCCGGCGGCCGAUCCGGCCGCCCCGGGUCAACCCGGAUCAAGGGCCCAUGGAGCGCGGAGGAGGACCGGGUCCUGACCCGGCUCGUCGACCGCCACGGCGCCAGGAAUUGGUCCCUCAUCAGCCGUCACAUCGACGGCCGAUCGGGAAAAUCCUGCCGCCUGCGGUGGUGUAAUCAGCUCAGCCCCACCGUCCAGCACCGCCCCUUCUCCCCGGAGGAAGAUCAAACCAUCCUCGCCGCCCACGCACGGUAUGGAAAUCGCUGGGCCACCAUUGCCCGGCUGCUCCCCGGCCGGACCGACAAUGCCGUCAAGAACCACUGGAAUUCCACUCUCAAGCGCCGCGCCGCCAGCAGAGGAGCCGGGGCUUCCGGGGAGGGGAUUUUUCAUCAGCGGGCGGCGUCGGACGGGAAUUACAAUCAGGAGUAUUGUUGGAAUUACGGCGAUGUGGAGAUGGCGGGGCCGCCGCCUGCGGCGGUGGUAAAGGAGGAGGAGGAAGAGGAGGCGUUGACCGCGCUGACUUUGGCGCCGCCCGGGAUGGGAAGCGGCGGCGGCGGAGAACAGGGCAUGGUGAUGGGCAAUGCGGUGGUGGAGGAGAGGAGGGCGGAGAGCUUGCCGGCUGGGUUUUGGGACGUGAUGAGGAACGUGAUUGCGAAGGAGGUGAGGGAGUAUGUGAAUUCUACGGUGACGGAUAGCCCGACGUCCGCCGCCGCUGCCGCUAGUUUUUUCCGUUGAAAAAGUAUUUACCGAAUUUGGGAGCGAGCUGGCCGGCCGGUUGCGCUGCAAAUUUCCGAAAACUGUUAAUAUCCUGAAUUUUUUUAUUAUUAUUAGGAUUUGUAAUUUGAGAUUGCGGUGGGAGGUGGGAGCGGCGGCCGGCGUAAUCAAUGUAAUUGUAAAAGUCCGAUGAGUGCCGCUGCCGCCGAAACUCAAAGGCAAUUGGUGAAGUUUGUGAAAGAAAAACAAAAAAGUUGGUCUUUAAUGUGACAGCCUGUCCAUUUCCUAAUUAAUUAAUUGUCCCCCCUGAUUUAAUUAAUUUGGUUCACGUUU